UUUUAAUACUCCAUUACUUAAAAUUAAAACCCUAAAAUAACUAUUAAAGGAGAGACUUCCGCUUCCAUUCUAUCCGCCGUCGCCUCCGCUCUCCAGCCAUCCUCGCCGGCGCCUCCAGAAGACCAGAAGUCGCAUCUAUCCCUAAAUCUCUCCAGCUCCCGCCGUCGCCUCCACCCGCCCGUCCUCCCAACUACCCAUCGUCUCCAGCCAACCACGCCGGCGCCUCCACAAGGUUUUUAUGGAUUUCCGUUUCGGUUUGGUUUUUUUGACCAAACUGAAAACCAAAUGCUCAUCCCUAGAUGACGGUUCUGAGCUCUAGUUCUUAACCCUAUAUCAAGUGCUUUGCUAUUUGUACGUGUUUUGUCUAAAUACUUAGGUUUUGUUGGGAAAAUGUCGUCUUUGAGGAAUGCUCUCCCGCGAAAAGCUCACAAGGAGCGAUCACAGCCACAGUCGAGGAAGAAAUUUGGGCUGCUCGAGAAGCAUAAGGAUUAUGUCGAGCGUGCACGCGCCUUCCACAGAAAAGAGGAGACAUUGCAAAAACUUAAAGAAAAGGCGGCAUUUAGGAAUCCCGAUGAGUUCUACUUCAAGAUGAUUAACUCCAAAACUGUUCAUGGAGUCCACAGACAGGAGGGUGAAGCGAACAAGUACUCUAAGGAAGAGCUCAUGUUGAUGAAGACGCAAGAUAUUGGAUAUAUUUUGCAGAAACUUCAGGCUGAGAAAAAGAAAAUCGAAAAGCUAAAUGCUGUGCUGCACUCUGUUGAUAACCAGUCAUCAACCCAACAUGUAUACUUUGCUGAAGAUAGGACUGAAGCGAGAGAAAUUCGAGCUCAGAAGCCUGAACACAGAGAAAACCCCACUUUUGAAGACUUGCCAAAGGAUAUUAAGAGGAGGACAAUUGGUUCGUACCGUGAGCUAGAGGCUAGAAGAAACCGAGUUAAAGAGCUAGAGAAGAUAUACACGGAUAUGGCAAUGCAGAAAGAAUUACAGAAAAAGGGCCGGAAACGGAAACUUCGUGAGGAUGAAAUCGUUGGCCCAACAUCAGGACCUGUAUUCAAAUGGAGGCAGGAAAGAAAACGCUGAGAGAGAGAGAGAGGGGUGAAGCUCAUAUUAAUGUGCUCUUAUAAAAGUCUGAGAUCAAGAAGAUAGUUUUACUGAUGCAGUAUCUAUAGCAGUAAAAAAUAUGUGCUAAUUCAGAAACAACAUCAACUCAUCAAAUUUUUGCUGUAGUAAAUUUCAGAAACUGAAUAUUGUGAUUGUGAAACACAGUUUCACCACUUUUUGUGACUGUCA